CUGCCAAACCGGAGCCAGCUCACCAUUCCCAUUUCCAAAUCCUCCUCUCCGCUCGCCCGCGACCGCUCCAGCCUCCAGGCCAGCAACGAUGGCGGCCUCGAGGGCGGAGGAGAUCGUCCUGGAGGCCGUGCGGAGCGACCUCACCCCGGAGCCAUGCGCGACGCAGUCCCUCCGCCGCCCGCUCGUCCGCCUCCUCCCGCGCGCCGCCGCCAGCCAAGCCAACUGGCGCGCCCUCCCGCGCCCCGCCGUCUCCGCGCUCUUCCUCCACCUCCCGGUGCUCGACCUCUUCCGCCUCGGCCACCUCUUCACCCCGCGCUGGCUCGAGGUCUGGCGCGGCGACCCGUUCGAGGUCCACGACGCGCAGUUCGCGCGCCUCCCCAUCCCGCGCUCCCGCGUCGCCGACGCCAUCGGAACCGUGCUCGACAUGUACCUCGCCGCCGCCGAAGAAGACGAGGACGUCGAGGGAGGAACCUAUGGCGCGGUGGGGCACGGGCGCGUCAAGUCCUUCCGCGUGGAGUCCACGGAGUGGCGCGCCGAACACGCCGCCCGCUGGUGCGCGGCGCUCCAGAGGGGCGGAGCGUUCGAGGUCGUCCUCUUCAACCGCGGCUUCUCCGGGGACCCUCCCGUCCUCGCCCCCGUCCCGCGGGGCCUCCGCGAGUGCGUCAGCCUCCGGGUCCUCCACCUCGGCUUCUUCACCGUCGAGGCCGGGGAGCUCGACGCGCUCGCCAGAGCCAUCCAGCUCGGGCUCCACGGCUGCGCGUGCCGCCCCGGCGUGGUCGAGGGCGUCGUCGCCGGGUGCAGGCAGCUGGAGAAGCUCUGGGUCCACGACGGCUCGCUGGAGCACGUCGCCGUCAGGUCAUCGCCCCAGCUCUGGCGCCUCUCGAUGCUCCGGACCGCAUCCCGCAGCCUCACCGUCGACGACGCCCCGCUCCUCCAGGUGAUCUUCCCGGGCUCUGCGGCCACGCUCCGCAUCAGCCGAUUGCCGAUGCUGCGCAGGCUCCUGUGCCUCGACCUCGCCAACACCUCCCUCGAGAUCAAAGGCGACCAGGUUGAUAGUCGUCCUCCCCCCCGUAUCGGGUGUUGGCAGGUUCCGGAUUAUAGGCAGCAGGAUGUGCGGCCGAAGAUGCGGUCAGUGGUCAUGCUCAGGCUAAUCGUGGACUACGCAGAGCUGGGCGCCAUGACGCCGCUGGCUGUGGAGGAGACGCUCAGGCGUUUCCCUCGCGUGAGCUCUCUGUUCAUCCAGCGCAAGAAGGACGUCACGGAGGCGGAAGGGCUGGCCUCCAUCACGGACCCGCACUACCUGGACCUCUUCCGCGGCGUCGAGUGCGUGGGCCGUACUCUCCAGUGCAUAACUCUCCUCAACUUCCAGGGCGGCAAGAUCGAGAUGGCGCUCGCCAAGGCGAUCCUGGCCACGGCCAAGGCGCUGGGCACCAUCGUGCUCACGCACGACGACGACCGCCCCGGCAUCGCGGACGCGCUCCUGGAGGCGGACCAAGCGCUCGACCAGAGCCCCCGGAACUGCAACAAUCCGCUGCUCCCGCUCCGUAUCGUCCAUCAGACCAUGUCCGGCUUCGAAUACAAUGCGCGACUGGGGUAACAGGAUUUUUGGUUAAUUAGCUAGGUCCUAGUACUGGAAUUAUUGCCGAUAAGGAGAUGAAACUGGAGACGCUUUCGGGGUGAACGUAGCGUGGUUUUUUCAGAUACCGGCUAACGACUGUUCAAGAUCGAUUGCUUUGAUUGCUGGCUGGAGUGCUAAAUAUGUUCGAUCCAUUGGAUGGAUGAUUUAAGCACCCAUGCACUUCAUAUAAUUUAGAGGAACACAUUCAGAUGAAGUUCGAUCGAUUGGAUGGAUGAUUUAUGCAACCAAAA